UGGUAAUAUGAGUGUUAAACCGUUAAUGAAACGCUGCGUUUUGCGGUGAGUAGCGGCUGAGAAAAUCAGUGGCGGAGGGAAACCUCGAAAGGCGCUUCCAAGUCUUGCGACGCGUGUCGCUUUCCCAGUGGCUUUGUUAUACAGAAACGAUGUCGUUUUGGAUAUCUCUUUGCAAUUAUCUUCGUCUCAUUUGACCGAAAAACUCAGAUCAAUCGAGCAAUCGUGGUUUCGCAUCUCUGAAACGUACUGAACGUGACAAAUGGAGUUAGCGGAUCGAGCAGUGGGGCUUCUAUUAUCUUCAAUCAGCUUAUCCAUAUUCACCUACUAUACUUUCUGGGUCAUCAUUCUCCCAUUUGUAGAUAGUGAUCACUUCAUCCACAAGUACUUCUUGCCCCAAGACUAUGCCAUUCUCGUACCUGUCUUUGCUGGCGUUACUCUCCUCUCUCUUCUUUCCGUGUUCAUCGGCAUGGUCAUCCUCAAAUCCAAAAAGAAGAAGGCUUGAUUUUUUCGACCUUACCUCAGAUAAUAAAUAGUUCAGUCCGUGGUUCCCUAACGUUGUUGUGUUACUUUGUGUUGGACCUUAUGUCUAUUGAGAGGUUUACGCCUAUAAUGCGUUACAAAUUUUACUACUCAUCCUAAAAUGCGUUACAAUUUGUUUUUCUUUGCAAAGCUGAUAAAUAUCGUUGGUUAUACU